AUGUUGGGUAGACGCAUGCAAAAGGCGCUUCUGGCGCUUAGCCUCGCCGCCGUGGGCGUUGAUGCCGCUGCAGUGCGCUUGGAGAACCGAGCGAGCACAUUCGACUACAAGAACCAAAAGGUCUUGGGUGUGAACCUUGGUGGUUGGCUGGUGACCGAACCCUGGAUUACACCUUCGAUCUACGAUGAAGCCGGGGGUGCAGCCGUCGACGAAUGGACCUUGACUCAAACCUUGGGCAAGACUGAAGCCCUGGCUCGUCUUUCGGCACACUGGAGCUCUUUCAUCACGCAGGAUGACUUCAACCGGAUUGCCCAGGCCGGGCUGAACCAUGUCCGCAUUCCCAUCGGCUACUGGGCCCUUGCUCCCAUUGAGGGCGAGCCCUACGUCUACGGUCAAUUGGAAUACCUUGACCAAGCUAUUACCUGGGCACGAAGUGCCAACCUCAAGGUCAUCCUCGACCUCCAUGGCGCGCCGGGAUCCCAGAACGGGUUCGACAACAGCGGCCGCAAGGGCCCCGUGCAGUGGCAGCAAGGGUCGACGGUGAACCAGACACUGGUCGCCUUCAACGAGCUGGCCAAGCGCUACCUGCCGCAGUCGUCCGACGUGGUGACGGCGAUCGAGGCGCUCAACGAGCCCAACGUCCCCAGCGGGGUCAACCAGGACGGACUCAAGCAGUACUACUACAGUACCCUGGCCACGGUGCAGAGCCUGAGCCCGGACACCGCUCUGUUCUUGCAUGACGGCUUCCUCUCCGUCGACUCGUGGAACGGCUUCAUGUCCUCCUCCAACGCUGUCAUGGACACGCACAACUACCAGGUCUUCGACAACGGCCUGCUGGCCAUGGACACCAACACCCACGUCCAGACUGCCUGCGCCUUCGCCUCCCAGCACCUCGUCUCCACCGACAAGCCCGCCCUCGUCGGCGAGUGGACCGGCGCCCUGACCGACUGCGCCAAGUACCUGAACGGCUACGGCGUCGGCGCCCGAUACGACGGCUCCUACGGUACCUCUGCGAUCGGCAGCUGCGCCGGCCGCUCCACCGGCACCGCCGCCGGUCUCUCCGCCGAUGAGCGCACCAGCACCCGCCGUUUCAUCGAGGCCCAGCUCGACGCCUUCGAGAAGAAGACCGGCUGGAUUUUCUGGACCUGGAAGACUGAGGGCGCUCCCGGCUGGGACAUGCAAGAUCUGCUGGCCGAGGGCUUGUUCCCUAGCCCGCUGUCGGAUAGACUCUACCCCGGACAGUGUUCCUAA